AUGGUCUGCAGCGUCUCGCGAGAGUACUUUUCAACAAUCCAAACAANCGUGAUAGAGAUUUUGUUGAGGCAUGGGGCCGAUCCAAACCAACAGGACGUGGAAAAAUCGACACCUCUUCACGCCCUCGCGAGGCUGUGCCUAUGCCGGUGCACCAAUCACUACCUCUUCUGCGACAAGAGAAAACCAGUUGAUGAAAUAGUUCAAAUACUCGUUGAACAUGGAGCGAAUAUCGAAGCUCGGAAUUGUCACGGCGAGACGCCUUUGCAGGCGGCGGCGUCGCGUUUCGAUGUUAAUCUCACCAAGGCACUUUUGGAUCAUGGCGCGAGUCUGGAUAAUCUGGACGAGGACAAGAUGUUCAGCGCCGACUUCACCUCGCUCGAGUUGAAAAACUAUCCUCUCACUCUGAACAUCAUCGAGAUGAUGCAUUUAUUGAAGUCAGUAGGCUACGAAAUAAACGUACACACAAGACUCAAGAUGAUUAAAUGUUGGAUGAGAGUUCGGGGCAACGACACAGACCAUUUGAUUGGUGAUGUGACUCUUGGCAACAAUCGAGACUUUUUUACCGGUUGCACUAUUAUGGACAGCUUAUUCAGUCUUAGUCAUAUUGGCUUUUAUAUGAAACAAGAAACGAAGGAUUUUUUGCAAUGUCAUUCCCAGAGAUUGCUCUCGACAUGCUCAAGGAUGCAGUGUAAGCCUAGAAGUGUAGAAAAUACUGCUUGUAUGUGGAAAGACGUUUCGAAAAUCAAAGACAUUAUGAUAAAAGAUGACGUUUCGCUGUAUCAAUUGUGCCAAAUGAGCUACACCGACGGUUACUCGAUAAUAAAAAAUAUCAAGAAUUGGUGCGUUCCGUCAAUGGAUGUUAUUUCGUGUACGUGGUUGAACAUGGUUGUAAAAAGGCACAUUGCAAACAUUUUAAUAAGGUUACAGUUGGAAUUGUUCGUAGCCGAUCUUUUUAUGACUGAUUAUUGCAAAUUAAAUUUACCUUAUACCGUUUGCCGAACAGUAGCUGAAAAAAUGAGUUACGAGGAAUUACUGCGUUUAUGCGAACAUACAAAAGAAUAUGUUUACCCUCACAGACAGGAUUCCUGGAAUUCAUCAUUGCUUAAAUUUUACAGAAUACUGACUAGAAGUCUAACAGGUUCCUCGACAGGGACUUGGUAUCCAAAAGAUUAUUUAUAUACAUGAUAAAUUGAUUUAAAAAAAAUUGCAGAGCUUUCUUAGUGAAG